CACAGGCCAUGGAGUUCCUCAUGGUCAGCAAAAGAUGAUGAGACUCUUCUUGCUGCACGGGCUCAAGGACUCCAUUGGAACCAAAUUGUACCUCUGCAACUCCCUUCUAAAUCGCCAAAUGAAUGUCGUAAGCGAUAUGAAAUAUUAAUGGAUAGGCAUACCCCAGAAGAGAAAGAUGGUAUUAGGUUAGAUAUCCUUGCUCUAGCUUACAUGGAAGUCCGGCAGCAAAUCUGGAGUAUUUUAGCGGCUCGAGUUGGCGAGGAAUGGGAGUUGGUGGAGCAGAAG